UGUGUGAGUGAGCGGGGGGAGGGGGGCUGGGCCGCAGGAAGCGAGCGGAGCGCUAGCUAAGCUACAGAGUUUGUAAUGUCCGCCAUGUUGGCCAUGGCGUGCUGAAGCGGGAUCCAGAGCGGCUCUGCGGGCGAACACAGAGCGACCAGAGCACCAGGACCCGGGCCGCCCGGCUCCUCCCAGCCUCCCGCUGCAGUGAAACCGCCGACCAGCGGCUCCUGCUGACCGCCACGGACUUCUCAAUGAGAGCGCUAACGGGCUGGCUGGCGAAUCUGAGCGGACCCGCUACAUUUAUGCUCGAUCUCUCAGUGUAAACAUGAGCAGUAAGCUGUCGUUUCGGGCGCGGGCGCUGGACGCCGCCAAGCCCCUUCCCGUCUUCCGCUGCGAGGACCUACCGGACCUGCAUGAGUAUGCCUCCAUCAACCGGGCCGUGCCGCAGAUGCCGACGGGGAUGGAGAAGGAGGAGGAAUCGGAACACCAUCUCCAGAGGGCCAUCUCAGCACAGCAGGUCUACGGGGAGAAGAGGGACAACAUGGUGAUCCCCGUGCCCGAAGCAGAAAGCAACAUCUCCUACUACGAGUCCCUCUACCCAGGGGACUUCAAGAUGCCAAAGCAGCUCAUUCACAUACAGCCUUUCAGUCUGGACACAGAGCAGCCAGACUAUGACCUGGACUCUGAAGACGAGGCGUUUGUGAACAGGCUGAAGAAAAAGAUGGAGGUGGGGGCACUGCAGUUUGAGCUGAUGAUCGACCGCCUGGAAAAAGGCAGCGGCCAGCAGCUAGUGACUCUGCAAGAAGCUAAGCUCCUACUGAAGGAAGAUGAUGAGCUGAUCAGGGAGGUGUUUGAGUACUGGAGCAGGAAGAGGAAAUCGUGUAAAAAUGGUUCCCUCACACCAACAGUCAAACAGGAAAAGCGAGACGGCUCCAGCACCAGUGACCCCUAUGUGGCCUUCAGGCGCAGGACUGAAAAAAUGCAAACCAGAAAGAACCGCAAGAAUGACGAAGCAUCGUAUGAGAAGAUGCUGAAGCUGAGGAGAGACCUGAGUAGGGCAGUCACCAUUCUGGAGAUGAUCAAGAAACGUGAGAAGAGCAAGAGAGAACUGUUGCACCUCACUCUUGAGAUUGUGGAGAAGAGGAAUGGCAUGUCCGACUUUGGUGUUGAUAUCAUGGCAGAGGCACUGGCCAUGGCCAAGCCCAUUUACAAAAUUCCCAUCAUUCCCUUGGUCAGCAGCAACCAGUACCGCCACACAGACCAUGUUGAGCCCAAGGACUUUAAGAUUAAGCCGGAGAAGACAGAGGUGUCCCGCACUAAGAGGAAAUAUGAGAAGAAACCGAAGGCCCAGCCGUUCUCCACGCCACAACAGUCUGGCCCAUCCCUUUUCAGUCCAAAAGACCUCAACCAAUAUGACUUUCCCAGCUCUGAUGAAGAUCCGUUCUCACAGAUGCAUUCUGGGUCGUCGGAGGCUGAGGAGGACAAUGAUCCUGAUGGACCAUUUGCCUUCAGGAGGAAAGCUGGCUGUGUUUACCGUGCUGCUCGUUUGGAUCAGAGAGGUGGUUGGCCGUGGUGUAGUGAGGCUGAAGGUGGGUCUUGUGACCCGCGGUUCCGGUACUCUCUCACCAGCCUGUCGGCACCGCACCGCUGUCUCGGUUUCGCACGCCGAAGAGUGGGACGAGGUGGGAGAGUUCUCCUGGACCGUGCCCACUCGGAUCUAGACAACGUUUUCCACAGUCUGGAUUCAACUUCAGAAGAGUUAUCACCUGCUGCUUCUUCAAUUCACCCAGGAAACACUUUCAACAGUAACUCUACGGUGGCGCCCACCUCAUCGCCAGCUUCAUCCCCCUGCCCCUCCUCUUCCCUGCAUCUGAGGCAGAUUCUCCGCAACAUUAAGGCCUGCCGAUGGAGACACUUUAAACCACGGACACUAACGGGCAGGGGCUCCUGCCAAGCUGCCGCCACCGUUGCGGCGGGAUCAGGCACUAACGCGCCGGCCGGAGGAGUUGCUACAGUAACGCCUGCAGCCGUGUUCACUGCAGAGCAGUACCAGGAGCAUCAAGAACAGCUGGCUCUAAUGCAGAAACAACAGCUGGAGCAGAUCCAGCAGCAGGCCAGCGAUGCCUCCAACAAUACACAGUCUUUUGUGUCCAAGACUUUGGAUUCAGCCAGCGCUCAGUUUGCUGCCUCUGCUCUAGUCACCUCUGACCAGCUGUUGACUCUCAAAGUCAAAGAGGAUGGUGUUCUGGGAAGUGGAGUUAAUGGUAUCCUCCAGGCCUCAGGAGUUUACAAGGGCUUACAACUUUCUGCUACAUCAUCAGCUUCAAUCCUCCCAAGCCCAUCUCCAGUGAUGACCUCUCCCCCACCUAUCUUACCCCCUACUAAUAGUAAUAGCUUGACCACAGGCUCUGUCCACAAUGCACACAACCCACUCAGCAACCAUGGUAACAAUACUGCCAACGCGGUUCCUCAGGUUCUGAUUGGGAACAAUCUGCGUCUGAGUGUGGCGACUCCCCAGAUCGCACGCCACCUUCCCAGAAGUCUCGGCGGCGUACCGCCCGCUGCCUUAAAACUAGCAGCCGCUGCUUCCAACUGUCAGCUCCCCAAAGUCACGCCUGGGGAGAAUCGCGAACCGGAAAAGCAGUCCCUCAGUCUAGCGGAAAACACAGUCGCUAUGGAAGUGACGUAGUGACCGUUGCCUGGGCGACACUUUCCUCGCCCAGUCCAUCUUUUGGUGCUGUGCACCAAAUUGCUUUCGGGAAUGCAAAGGGACAGCGGGUUUCCACAGCAACUGUCAGGCCUCGACAGUGAAUCUCAUCUCUUUAAUAUAAUUUUUCUUCACCCCCCAAUUUUUAAUAUAUAUAUUCGUUACUGUUAAUAAGAGAAAAUAAUUCAUAUGUAAAUUAAGAAUAUGGUGAAUAUUCAAUGUACAGUAACUGCCUAUUUGUAAACCUUUCUGCUCCACCCCCCAAAACCUUGUAUAUAUGUUACUUGAAAACAGAUUUGUUCAUUUGUGAUGUUUUGCACUUGGGAAUGACAAAAGCAGAAGGAGAAAGAGGAGGAGGAAAAGAAUGCAGAGAGAGAUUGUGUGCGUGAGCCGUGUAGCAGAAGAAAAGGUUUUGAGAAUCAUUGCUUUGUGCAUGGUGAGGAAACCUGCUGUUUUACCUAUUUAUUGUGCUGUGUUUACACUUUUGUUUGUUUUUCAUUCUUUAUUCAUGAACACUGUACCCUCAUUUGUUCCUGUUUCGAUGUUUGGGUAGCUAGAAUCUCUUUUCUUUAAAAGAUUUUCAGCUUCUGGCCCUUCAUUUUCUUGUUCUACUGGUUCUCUUGCAAAUCAAUUGGAUGCUACAGAAAGAUUGCAUUUUGUUUUCCACUGCCUUUUUUAUUUAUUUAUUUUCUUUCCCCGCAUUACCUUUUUCUUUUUUUUUCUGAGGGAGGGGAGGAGGGUGGGUUGUGGUAUGUAGUUUUUGGGUAACUCAAAGGCUUUGGGAAUGGUGGGUUUAGAGAAAUCUUCUGUUUAACUAAUCAUCCCGAAACAAGUAACGGACAAGUCUUCACUCGGAAGCAUCCAUGGCUUCCAUCUCAACUAAGCACUGUUUUUGUUUAUUUUGUAUUUUAUUGUUUUUGUUGACUUCAGUAAUGAUUAUCGCUGCUUUUGUGUCAUUUGUUUUCAUACUAUGAAAUGUUUUGCCUCCCAUUGUAGAUUUUUUUUUUUAUUAUUAUUAUUUUAUUUGUACAACAACAGACAAUUAUUUUUGUAUCCUGUUUUGUUAGUUUUUGUUUUCAGUUCUUGUGGUGAAGCGACUUUGUGCUUCGCGUAAUGGAAGAGUUCGUUUUUGGUUGCUCGUCAGUGUAGCGUUCACUAAUGAGCGAAUGACAGUCCAUUAUUGCUGUGACCGUGUCAUAUUUUUUCAGCUCCAAGACACGCUGGACAGAGAGAGAGCAGGAGUCGCUGCCCAGCUCCGAUCUCCUCAACCUCAGUCUCUAACCGCACCAACAGACUCCAGACUAUUUUAAGGCCUAAAACCACAAGUUAAAAGGUGUGCCUUCCUUUGGGAAUAUACUGCUUCGUCUCUUCCAUGAAGAGGAUGGCUCUCGGGCAAGGCUGCAGUACUGCAGUCCUGGCUUGUCCGGAGCACAGGUCUCCGAUGCCCAGUCCACUGGCUGAACUGAACACCCUCCAGAGCUCUAGUCCAACCUGGUGGCAGACAAAGAAUGAAAAAUAUUGGAAAUCUAAAAAAAAAAAAAAAAAAGAUGAAAUAUUAUUAAAGUGUGAGGGGGGAUAUGUGACAGUUCCCACAGAAAUCUGACAAUAAAGCCCAGGUUAAGUCGAA